GCACCUUCCUUUACCAUGUUUUGUAACACCGGGAAGGAGGUAACCUCACUGCGUAGAUAGCAAUUCUUCAACGGGUGUCCUGUGCUAACCGUUUUUCGGCGUUCGGGCCCAUCAGUAUCCCCUUGACGGCGAUGGCGCCGGAGAGUGGCGGUGAGAAAAAGCUAGGCGACCGGCGAGGAUCCGUGUGGUUUCAGCCCCGGGACCCGGUGGAGGUCCGCAGCGACGACGGCUUCUUCGGCGCCUGGUACGAGGCCACUGCGGCCUCCAGCCUCCCCCAGCACCGCGUCGAGAUUGUCUACUCCACCAUCGUCGACAACGACGACCCCUCCCUUCCUCUCCGCGAGAUCGUCCUCGUCUCCCAACUCCGUCCCCGAUCACCGCCGCCGCCCCUUCCAGCUGCCAGCACGGCCUCCACGAUCUCGUCGAGGCCUUCCACCAAGACGGUUGGUGGGCCGGUGUCAUCUCCGCCAUCCUCCAUACCACCGGCCGAUACAUCGUCGCCUUCCCUACGAGCCGGGAGGAGCUGGAGUUCGACGCGUCCGAUAUCCGAUCCCACUUGGAGUGGUCCGAUCGCCAUUGGGUCCCCUUCGGCGAUGUGAGAGUUGAAGAGGUGGAGUUCGCUGCCCGAGCUCGGCAUGGUUUUCCGCUAGUGUCACGCAAGUGUUCAGCAUCAGUACCUAUUUGAUAGAGUACGAGAGUCUGACCUCGGCGACAACCGGCGAGCUUCUGACUGAGUUUGUCGACGUUCAGUACAUGAGGCCGUGCCAGCUAAAUGCAAUAUCGGGGAAGGAUUUUGCCCCUCGUGAUGAGGUAGAAGUGCCUCUCCAUGGUGGGUGGUGCCGGGAGAGAUUUCAGAGGUUCUCAAGGAAUCUCGCUGUAUUGUCAAAGUCAGGGAGAGUAGGUCGGAGAUGGUGUUUGAUCUUCAUCAACUUAGGCAUUCUCAAUGUUGGGAUGACCAGCGGUGGGUUUUCACGUUUCAGGUAAUAGUUCUACCUUUAAACUUGCCAUAGAUAUAGGAUUUGGAAUAACGUUGUGAUGAGGUUCACUACUUACAUCACGACAAAUAUUUUGUUUCAUUCAGUUCUUGUUCAGUACUUGCAUAAAGUGCCAUAUAAAGAUGUCAUCGUGCCAUUUUCGUGUGGAAAUGCUGGCUUGGUGCUAUAUAGUUAAUCAGUUUCUAGUUGUUAAUCCUUGUGCUUGUAUUGAAUGACAGAGUCAUGGCCAUUAGUCUUAGGCGAGUGAUUAGUUAGCAUUUUUGAAAUGUGAAAUACCAUUUGAUUUAUUGGCUCCUAAUGGAUUUUCUUUAACUUUCGCUGUUUGGAGUUCAACAAAUUUCAACCCCAUAGAAAAAUGUUGCCUUGUUACAUGUUUCAGCAAAAGACUAGAAAAUCACAAGGCAGUUCUGUUUCUGGUAACUGAAAUCCACAAAGUCAAAAAAGAUGCAGUCUUCUUAGUUCAUCAGCCACUUCUAAAGGUGAAGGUGAGGCCUCUUCUGAACCUGGGGGGUUGAAGGAAAACAAAUGUACUUUCUGGACCUUCACAAAAGUUAAAGAAAGACAAGUCAUCAUGUGAGGCCACAAUGCGAAUUAAUCCCUUUAAGGCCUUUCAACUCCACAGUCUGACAUCGGCAUUUGUUCUUCGGUGCAAGAGACUAGAAAAUCACAAGGCAGUUCUGUUUCUGUUAAACAAAGUCAGGCCAGAAAAGAUGCAAUCUUCUUAGUUCACUGCCCCAUUCUAAAUGUGACCGUGAAGUUACAUCUGAACUUGGGGACUCAAGUUGAAUCUGAAGCACAAGAAAGCAAAUUUACAGUCUGGGCCUUCACAAGGCUCCAAAAAGAUCAAGAAAGCCAAGUUACAAAACAAUCAUAUGAUGCCACAACAUCAAUUAAUACCUCAAGGCCCUUCAACUCCAAUGUUUGUGAUAGAUAUUUGUUCUUCAGUGCCACCGGUGGAUCCUAGCUCCUCUACUAUAAGCCCAUCUUCUAGGGGAACUAUUGCUGAACCUGAUGCGUCUACAAGGGAUGUACCUGGAUUAUCUAUUGAGGAAGGUCUUGCAAAUGCCAACAACCAUCAGCUAGAUGUAUUCAAGUUGAUGGCACACCUAUGGGUUAUGAAGCUAGUGACCAUCCCCGUCUUCUAGAAUGGACGAACUACAAUUUGGAUUAUGCUUUGACUACAAAAGUUAAGAAGAAAAGAACUAAGGUGGUCGCUAAAUCUCAAAAACUGCAAAAGAAUUUCAGUAAUGAUGUAAGGGACUUUUUUCUUAUAGAACUAAUCAAGUAUAUGCAUAAAUCAGUAUACAGGAAUAUGUUUGUUUUCUUUUCCUUGUCCUUGUUACUAGGGUGUGCUACAGCAAUUACAAGAUGGCGGCAGCAAAAUGUUAAGAGAAGAACAGAUGAA